AUGGCAGUGCGCAACAAGAGCAGCGAGAAGAUCAACACUGAUAGGGCGCUCAGUAAGACGGGGUUCAGGUCAGACAAGAGGUUGUGCAGGCCAGCCCUCCCUGAGAUGCCAGAUGAGCUUGUUUUGGAGAUCCUCCUCCGUCUCCCAGUGAAAUCACUCCUGAAGUUCAAGUGUGUAUGCAAGGACUGGCACGCCAUCAUCUCAGGCCCAUCCUUCAUCCGGAUGCACCUUGAGCGCUCCGUGUCCAACCAGCAGCGGCAAUCCUGCUACCUCAUCACCCCGCAUUUGCUGGAUUAUGCCAGUGAUGAUUUAUGGCCAGAUACAUUCUCAAACAACAUCCGCUUCUACAGAUGGCAGCACGGGAGUUGUCAAUCCAGCGCCAGUCUAGUGUAUGCAAGGAACUUUCAAAGGGAGUUUGGAUCAGUCUACAGGUUUGCACAUUGCGACGGCCUUGUGCUGCUGCCCACGGACAACAAGAUGUAUGUUCUCAACCCCGCCACAAGGGACCUGCUUGCUUUGCCCGACAGCCCCCGGCGUAUGCUCGAGCCAUCCUCCUUCUACCGCGGGAAUGUUGGUUUCGGACGCGACCCUCGCACGAACAAGUACAAGGUGGUUCAGUGCUUCCGCCAUUCCACGGACAAUGGCCUGGGGGGCUACAGCACUGGAAUGGAGGUUUUCACAAUAGGAAGCAGCGGUUCUGCGGCAUGGAGGGCCGCCGUGCCGCCGUACCCCGUUGGUAAUUGGAGAAACGCGACUUUCUUCAAGGGGUCUCUGUUCUGGAUCCUCCGCAAGCUCCGUCAGAGGGAGCCCCCGGAGACCCGUCUGCUUCGGUUCUGCCUGCAGGCUGAAACGUUUAGCUUCACCCCGCACCCUCCCUGCCCUGCACUUGACCACCAAAACUUUGCCAUGAGUGAACUAGGUGGUGAACUGUGCCUUGCUCAAUAUGAAUCUUCAGAUCAGAUUGUGAUCUGGAUGGCAAGCGAUGGUGAGGAUCCGAAAUGGAACCGGCGAUACGUCGUUGAUGUGGAGCCAUGCGUCACAAUAGCUAUUUCGCAGUCUGGACUUCUUUUGAAGAGAGUGAACCGUAUGAUCUCACGGUACAACUUCCAGAAUCAGAGCGUGGAGGAUGUGGCUGGGUUGGAAGCUCUGAGGUACCAUGGACCCGGGGCGCGUACUGUGGAGUACAAGGGAGCAAACUUGUUCUUCUUCGAUAUGAUUCCGUACACAGAAAGUCUCAUUCCCCUACACCAUGCAAGAUGA